AAUCAAUUACAUCAGACUAACUCUGUAUAUAUUAUAUGUAUAGAUAAUCCAGACAAAUAUAAAUAGGACGUUUCAAAAUGAUCAACCAUCAUUAAUACAUGUAAUAUUGUUUACAUAGGUACUCUGGUUACGCGAUUCCAAGAGGAGUGUAAAUUGUCUAGCGACAUCUAGCGGCUUUGUGUGGUUUCCUAGUGACUUCCUGAUCUGUGGAGUUGGCAACACUGUCGCAGAACGAGAUUCUGUGCGGAUCUGUGAGACAAGAACGCACCUAUACUGCCGCGGACCCAGCAAGUACUGCGGAACUGUUGCUGAGGGGCCAACUCAUCUCUCCGCACUGUAUAUUGCUGUGCUUUGAUCCUUUCUUUACGAACAUUAACAGUGCCAGUUUGCAAUUCUGUGUCCGUUCCAGCCUCUGUUCCCCUGGAGACAUGUAUACCAGCGCGCUGACUGGACAGGAUUGCUUGAGCUGUCAGGUGUGUAACACGGGCAAUCCUCGCCGGAUUUGGACACAAGCAACGUUUACCUUAACUCAUCAUGGGUAUCUUUGAGAAGUGUGUGAUGGUUCUAGAACUGAAGACCUUACCGAUAAAGGAAAAAAACAAGCUGAAGACUGAAAUAAAAGGAAAUGGGGGGAUCAUUUCUUAUGUGGUAAAUAAAAAGUGCACCCAUGUUAUUGUGAGUCAUAUGAAGGAUGUGAGCUCUCAUCGUCUAAAGAGUAUUCAGCAGUUCCGGAUUCCUGUUGUCAGUGUGGAAUAUGUUUCAAAAUGCAUUGAAGAGGGAAGACUUGUGGAUGAGGAUGGUUUAGCCCCUGCUGGGCAUCACAAUGUAACUCAGGAUGAAAACUGCAUGAAUGCAGGAGAGGAGAUCAGACCACUUGCUGAAGCUUUUCCAGCUGAUGAUCAGGAAGAGACAGUGAAGAACAAAGACUCUCUGGACAAAUUCAGAAUUUAUAGUGGUUGUGAAGGAAGUCUGCCUCACUUUCCUUCAGUUUUUGAAGUUGCCAAAUAUUCUAUUUUUAAUAAGGCCACUGCUGACAAUGAAGUCGGGGUUGUGGUAGAGCUGCAGUGCUCCGUAGGAAACCCUGCGCUUCCUUUCUGUGUGUCUCGAUACUGGGGGCAGUGGAGUAACAGUAAGGUGAUGAAGAUGUGGAAAGACUUGAUAUUUGCCCCAACUUCAGAGGAAGCUAUAAAGGCCUAUGAGCUUUUUAUAAAGGAUCUUCAAGAUCAGAAUUUCCAGCAGCAGAAAAAAUUGUCAACAGAACUGAUUCUUCUAGCUUCUGGGAAAGUUAAGCAGCUGCUUAUUGAAGAAUCCUUGAGCAGCAGCAGCAGCAUCUCCCAGGAAGUUGCUGUUUUUGUGGAGCUGAUCUGGACCGAAGCACAUGGUUGCUUUGAUGGUGUGCUUGCCAGCCCUGUCAAUAGCAUCAGUCCCAAUGAUGUGAGCAGGGCCGAAGGCAUUCUCCUCCAGGCAAGGAAAGCCAUGGAUGAAGGAGUUGAUCAGAACGGAUUAAGAGGCAUCAUGUCCGAGUUCUACAGGAUCCUGCAACAUAAACACGGGAUGGACUUCAACAUUACCAAGAAGAUUAUCUCUACAAAACAUGACCUCUGCCAGUUAAUUCGAGACAUUGUCAAUGCAAGUGAAGCC